GCACGCGUUCAGAUGUUUUACACCGACUAGUUUCCACAACCUACUGUGAUAAUGAGAUAAACACGGCUUAAAGCAACGAAAAACUAAAUUAUUAUCGUGUAAAUCAUAAAUUUGAAGUGACAGUGGCCGCUUAUAUGCAAAAAUAAGAUUAAAUGCCGCUAAUUUUGCCUUAAUAAUGCCUUAUUUUUGUUUUCAAUGAAAAGUUUUCAUCGCCUAGCUAAAUUUUUACAUUGCUUACAUCAGUGUGUAUUGUUAUAAAUAUAUGGGUCAGUCUUGAAAAGUGCCAUUUUUGGAUUUUAAAAAUAUGAAAUGAUUCAAUUUUAUUGACUGACCCAUACUUACUACAAUAUAAGUAGUGGAACAACGAUAUAAAAACCUGAAAACAGUGGAUUUUUUAAAAUAUAUAUGUAGGUGUGCAAUAAUGGAGAACCCGCAACAAUUUUGUAAUUCCUCAUGAUUUUUUAUAAAGUUUGUUGAUAUGCCAGUUAGAAGAGGGUUGGUAGCACCUAGAACUACACUUAUUGAAACAAUCAUAAGAAAGUUUGAUACUGACAAUCGUUCAUUUUUGGUAGCUAACAGCAGAGAAGGACAAUGUCACAUAAUAUAUUGUUCAGACGGCUUUUGUCGAUUGACGGGAUAUUCCAGAGCAGAAGUGAUGCAGCGUCCGGCUUCAUGCGAAUUUCUCUGCGGUCCUCUAACAUCACAACAGGCCGUCUCGAAUCUCAGGGAGGCCCUACAAGAUGGCGUCGAAAAACACGCGGAGAUAUUAUAUUAUCGGAAAGAUGGGACCAAGUUCCUAUGUUCAGAAGUGAUAGCUCCUAUAAGAAGCGAGGUGGAUGACAUAAGUCUCAUAAUAAUAAAUUUCGAAGAUUUAACCACGGUGCCAGCCUCGUCCUUAGAAAAUAGUCCCAUAGGGAAAAAUAGGUUAAGUAAAUUCGGAAGAGCCCGAGCUUCAUUUCGUCAAAGCUUGAGGCUAGGAUCAAACAUUCGAGGUAGGGGAUUAAGACUUGCAGGCUAUCUAACUCCACCCAGUGACGUCACUGCCGCCGAAGAGGAAGAAGACAGGUUGGAGCAAUGUCCUUUGACGUCAAGUGCUCCAGUACCAAUCUUAGAACAGACAUGGGUUUCGAAAACAGAUGUGCCCACGAUCCCUUUAUCAACUACCAUCCCUUCAACAGCUCAAAUAAAAGACUAUACAUCAUUGACGAUAUCACAUAGCGCCCCAGCUAGUCAUCAGGCUUCCUUCGAGAGAGGGGAGAGUAUCGAAAGGACUAGACCCCAUCACUCCAUGAAUACUAGUAACAAUAACAGUAGUAGUAGUAAUAGGCAACAUCACAUCAUACAGAACAAAGUAUCGCAUGCUACCAGUUUAGAUGCCAUAGCUAGAAGACAGUGCUUUAAAACUGGAUACCCUACAGUUAGCAUUUCAAAUAAACCUCAAUUAAGUAAGCAAUUUCCCAACGUUUCUUCAGAAAGUGAUCUUCAAAGAUACAGAACACAUGGUGAUAGGAAAAGUCCAAGUUUAUCAAACCCUACGGAGUCCAUGAAGCAGAAGGUUUGUCCACAAUUCUCUUUUCAAGAUAAUGGCUCAGCGAAAUAUUUUCAAAGUGGAAUUCAUACUCCAAAAAUGGGUGAGAAAGUAGCUCAGGUACUUUCUUUGGGCGCUGAUGUCCUUCCUGAAUACAAACUUCAGAAUCCCAGAAUACACAACUAUACUAUCCUCCACUAUUCUCCUUUUAAAGCUGUUUGGGACUGGAUUAUACUCAUUUUGGUAAUCUAUACCGCAAUUUUUACUCCAUACGUCGCUGCUUUUUUAUUAGGAGAACCGGAUUUUAAUAAUAGAAAAAACAAGAAGUACAGCGAAGAUCCUAUUGUUAUUAUUGAUCUCAUUGUUGAUGUAACGUUUAUAGUGGACAUUUUAAUAAAUUUUCGCACAACCUACGUAACGGGAAAUGAUGAAGUUGUAUCAGAUCCAGUGAAAAUAGCUUUCCACUAUUUGAAAGGAUGGUUUCUUAUAGAUCUUGUAGCGGCAGUUCCUUUCGACCUCUUGUUUUUCGGCUCCAAUACAGAUGAAUUGGGCUUGGAUAAAGACGAGACAACCACAUUAAUUGGACUGUUGAAAACUGCUCGACUUUUGAGAUUGGUCAGAGUUGCUAGAAAAAUCGAUAGGUAUUCAGAAUAUGGAGCUGCGGUUCUUCUACUCCUUAUGGCUACGUUUGCGCUCAUAGCACACUGGAUGGCAUGUAUUUGGUAUGCUAUUGGAAAUGCAGAGAGACCUAUGUUGCCUGCAAGAAUCGGUUGGUUGGAUAUUUUGGCCAACGAUACUCAACAGUAUUAUUUACCUAAUAACACUGGAGGUCCUAGUAUACGAAGCAGAUACGUAACAGCACUAUAUUUCACUUUCACUUCACUUACAAGUGUGGGGUUUGGAAACGUAGCUCCAAACACAGAUGCUGAAAAAAUUUUUACUAUUUGUGUGAUGUUAGCAGGAUCUCUAAUGUAUGCCAGCAUCUUCGGAAACGUUUCGGCAAUCAUUCAACGUUUAUAUUCAGGUACAGCGAGAUAUCAUACUCAGAUGUUAAGAGUAAGAGAGUUUAUUCGAUUUCAUCAAAUCCCGAAUCCCCUCCGGCAACGCUUAGAAGAAUAUUUCCAACAUGCCUGGACGUAUACGAAUGGAAUUGACAUGAACUCUGUAUUAAAAGGCUUUCCAGAGUGUCUACAAGCUGAUAUUUGUUUACAUUUGAAUAGAAAUUUGUUACAGAAUUGUAGUGUCUUCGAUGGAGCAAGUCCAGGCUGUUUGAGAGCUCUUUCUUUGAAGUUCAAAACUACACAUGCCCCACCGGGGGACACAUUGGUACAUCGCGGCGAUGUUCUUACGUCGCUUUAUUUCAUAUCAAGAGGUUCAAUAGAAAUAUUAAAAGAUGAUAUUGUUAUGGCAAUUUUAGGUAAAUUUGAUAUUUUUGGAGAAAAUCCUUGUUUACAUCCCACAUUGGGAAAGUCUGAAUGCAACGUUCGAGCCCUGACCUACUGUGAUCUACAUAAAAUCCAUAGGGACGAUCUGUUAGACGUUUUAGAACUCUAUCCGGAGUUCUAUACUCAUUUUUUGAAUAAUUUAGAAAUAACUUUUAAUUUAAGAGAUGAUGAUCAAGCUGGAGUUGUUCCUAGGAGAUCAUUUUAUCCUAAAGACAAAGAGAAUCGCUAUUUUCGUGGGGUUCCCUCUGCCAGAUCUAACGGACUUUCAAGUCGUGGAAACUCAAUGAAUGGGAGGCAAGAAUCCCAAUAUAGUGAUGAGUCUGAAUCAGGGCACGGUAUUCUAGAAUUUUCCACAGAUAAAGCGGGCCAGGACGUAACUCCAUUAAACUUAGACUUUGGAGAAGAGAAGAGAAGAUCAUCAACUUUAAAUUCAAUAACAGGCAUGCUAUCUCAACUUAAAAGAAGUAUUCCAGAUCUAAGGUUACACAAAACACACCAGCCACUAAUAGCACAGUCCACUCCUCCCUCCAGCCAUAGGAUACGCACAAUACGAAGACAGUCAUCUAUAGGAGCGUACCAUCAUCAAGAGCCCACGAUUACCACGACACACCAUCAAAAUGCUCCACAACAGUCGCAACACAUUUCUGGGCCUCUAUCUAGCAGUACUAGUUAUUAUACAAAUAGUCCUAGCCCGCCACAUGUGACUGAUGCGAAUGGAAAAAAUGUCCAAGAAACACUGAUACCGUUAGAGUCAACAACAACCUCCAUACAUCUUCAACAACAUUCCACUGUAGAAACAUUAACGUAUUCGGAUAAUUUAGUUAUAAGCAGGAGUCUUCUCGAGCAUAUCAACAACAAAUUAGAUCACCUCACAAAACGCGUUAAUUCAUUGGAAACGACACUAGGAGCCGAUAUGAAAAUGAUAUUGUCACUGUUGGAGACUAAACAGCAGCCUAGUAGUAGCGAAGAUUCGACUGUUAAACAAGAGAUGCCUGAAUAUGAAAACGUAGCAAUAGAUCCCAGUAGAACUAGAUAUACAUUUCAAAGAUCAGUUAGUGAACCAAAGCCAAUAUCAAAAAAUCAUCAUUCCCAAGCUCUUCAUAGGUUUGCAUCAUUUAAUAAAGCUUUUGAUUUCGAAAAAGGACCUGAGCCUUGUUGGGCGGAAUGUCUAAUAUCAAAAGAUAAAGAAAAAGAAAAAGAGGACAAACCCGCUCCAAUAGCUAAAUUGGAAUCUUUGGACGAAUUAGAUCUGGAAUCUCCUCUGGACAGUCCAAAAAAACCAAAAAAAUAGCCUAGUUGUUUCUAAACUAUAUUGUUUUUUUUUAAAUUGAUGAAUAUACAUAUUAUACAUAUGGAUUAAAACAUGUUGUCGGAAAUGGUCGAGUUAUAUUCAAACUGAUAUGUUUCCAAUAUUUGGAACGAGCUUUUAUAGACUGUUGAUUAAUAUAUUGUUGUACAUUAAUGAAAACAGUGAGAUAUAUAAUAAAUAAUUUCCCGUAUAUUUAAGGACAAACACGAACUUUGUUUAUUAAUACAAAAAAUUAUAAAUAUUUUCAAUAUAAUCAGGUUUGUUAUCAAAUUUAAAAAAAUUAACUGACCUUGGUAUAUAUUUUUAAUUGAAAUUGCUUUUACAAAAGCUUAUGGUGAAUCUAUUAUCGAAAUCAGUAAGAAUAUGGUCGAAAAUCAAUGGAAUGCAAUGGAAUUUCGUCAAUUCUGAAAUAAAGAAAACUGAGAUGAUUAUUUAGACACUACGAUCGUUCACCAUCUCACCACAAAAUUAUUAUCGUGGUAAAAAUCCUAUGGAAAACCCGUAAUGUACUAUAAAAACAGACAAAAAACUGAAGGAAUAGUUAUAAUUAUUAUUAAUGUUGCUAUUAACUCCCUAAUUUUUCAAAAUCUGUAGAUACUAGUAGUAGUUAGAUUAUGUUUAUAAAUCAUCUUGAUUUUAGCCGUCUUCUGAUUUAAAAUUAGUUUUUUUUCAUAAUUUUUUAAAAACAUAUAAUCAGAAUAAAAUGUAUAUUUAGUCAUAUAAUAAAUAUAUUUUAUUUUGAUAAUGUUAAGAAAAGCUCGUGAAAUGGGUCCUUAUGAUGGCCCUGUCCAGCUACAAGGGAAUUUUUGAAAUUUGGUUAAUUCGCGUUGCCUGUUUCAUAUGUUUUUUCUAUAAAUGACGGACGAGCCUUUGAUGAACUUUUUAUUAUAGAAGUUGUUUUAUUACAGAAUUUCUUUAAAAUAAUUUCUAGAAAAGUCUAUUUAUUUAGUUUCUUUUUGCUCUAUAACUUUGUAGAAUUCUAUUUGUGGCAGUUUAUGUAGCGCAGUAAUUGAUCCCACUUCUAAUGGAAUGGUUUUCGUAUUUAUCAAUACUAUUUCUAUUCGUGGGGUGAAUUAAUAAACACUGUUUCUUACAUUCUUUAUUUAUUUACACGCUACACGAGUACAGUACACUCAACUUAUAAUAAUUUACUUAUUAAUAUCACUUAAAUAAUUUCUGCGAUCACUUUUACUAAUUUGUUAUUCUCACUCCGAUUAUUUAUUGAAAACUAACCACCUGCGCUACAUAAACUACUAAAAAUAGAAUUCUAUAAAGUUCCAGAACAAAAAGAAACACAAGAAAUAAAUAACUAUACUUUCCUAGAAAUUAUUUAAAAGAAAUACUAUAAUAAACCUCCUUCUAUAAUAAAAACUUCAUCAAAGGCGCGUCCGACAUUUAUAAAAAAAUAGAUCAAAGGCGCCGCGCGAUUACGCCGAUUAAAAUCCCAUUGUAUUUGGACAGGGUCACCCUAAAGACCCAUUUCGCAAGCUUGUUCGUAACAAUAAAAACUGAAAGUAGUCAAAACGUAAAAUUUUUUUUGUCUCAAAAAUUAUAGAAAAAAAACUGAUAUUAAGAAAAAAGAUCUAAAAUCAAGACGAUUUAGGAACAUAAACAUAUAUAAAAGAUCUAAGAAAUUAAAAUAGUAGUUAGUUAUAUAUAUAUAUAGCUUAUAACCUUAUACCCUAGGCUGGAAAUUCUUUCUCAUGAAGUAGUAUUUGGCCUCAGUUAAAGUAUAUACAACUGAUACUCAGCUGAAAUAAACAAUUAAUAUUUAAAUUUACCUUUAUACGAAUCGAUAAUUAAAAAUGGAGAACAAGGUGAACAACUUGUACUAAAUUGUAGAAAAUUAACAAACAUAAUCCUAAAAAUCAAUAUAAAUCAAUAUAAAUCAAUAAAAAAAGUCUUGGCAAUAAAAUAUUUAUCAAAAAAUCGCACUCACUGCAUAUUUAGAAUCAAGCAGUUAGAUGGUAUGAACAGUAAGCUUAUAUAUAUUAUGCUAAAUAUAAAAAACGGAAAAUUAGUCAGAGAAGGCUGAGUUGCUACUUUCAGCUAUGUUGUAGCCAAUGGUUAUUGGUCCAGUGGUUGGUAGUCUAGCAGCGACUUGCAUUGCCGAUGUAUGUGUGACCCAGCAGCUGCAGUGAUGUGGUAAAAAUACAAUAAGAAUCGAGAAUACGGGGUGAAUAAAAAAAGGAAGGGUCAGAUGAAAUAGAUCUAGAUACAUGAUAAGUAGAGUUAUAUUAUAAAAACAUAACUUACCAGAGAAGAGGAAUCUUAAAAUAAAAUUCUUCUACUUACAUAGAUUCAAUUGAAGUGGAAAAUCAAGGAAUUACUUUGUUAUGGAAGUGACUAUACAACAAAAGUGACUACCAGUACAAUAACUAUUAAUUAAUGUAAUAGAAAUAAUAUUAAGGAUUAAACGCAACUCACAUGAAAAAUCAUACAAAUUAACAUGUUCGUCAUACAGUAAACUUAUAAUAGAUUGGAAAUCUAAUGAUGGAUAUCAGCUGUCUUACCUCCCUUUAUGUUAACCCUAGUAAUUGGAAAUUAUUUAGACAAAUUUAAUAAGUAAUGCACUAAUAUUUCUCACUAAAUCAUUAUUUUUACUUAGGAUUUACCUUCAUUCUAGUUUAAUUCAACAACUUGUUCACUUGUAUCAACGAAAUGUUACAAGACCAGCUUAAUUUGGGAAAAUUUAGUACUACAGCAGCAUUUCAACCAUACUGUACUAUUUAAACUUUGAUGGAGAUAUUGGGAGAACUAUAACAUAUAACAUUUUUUAAGGAUUUAAAAAAAAAGUAUCAAAUUUGAUCAAUUUCAUAACAAAGUUCAUUAUAUUUCUUGAAAAAUGAAAUACCUAUAAUAUAAAAUCAGUAGCAAAGAAAAAUCUAUGGAAAUUGGGGGAAGCCGUUUCAGAAAUAAUUGAUAAAACUAAUAGUUAUUAUUAAUAUUAAAAAAUAUUGUUAAAAUUUCGAUGCAUUACAGCUUACGUUAAUGAGGAAAUGUUAUAAAUAUUAUACCAAGGUCAAACAGUUCAUCUUAUUUUAUAUAAAAAUAGUAUUAUAAAUAUAAUAUUUCAACAUUCCAUUACUAUAAAAUGUGAUAUUUUCAACUAACAUACUUAUUAAAAUGCAUGUAUAUAUAAUCAAAUCAAUUGCAGUUAAAAAUCACAAUGUAAAGAUUAUCUUUCAGUCGGAAUUACGGGAUAAAGAUAAUAAACACAAGAGACGUCCACUGAAAUUUCAUUUACAUAAAUCUGCCUACUUCAAAACUUCUAAUUGUCAAAUUUUCAAUCAUACUCAACAUAGGCCCAUCCAUCAUUGUUUUGUAAAGAGAAAUCAAAAUAUCUCAAAAAAUAAUAAUUUUAGACAUAUGAUAUGCUCGAAAAAAAGUUUGCUAGUGAUAAUUUUCGAUACUCAUUUGAAAAAAGAAAAAGAAAAUAAUGUAUUAGUAUUUCGAUUCACCCUGUAUUAGGUUUAAUGAAUAUUAACGAAAUAAAUAAUUUUCCAAAAUUUUUACUACUAUGGCCGCAACAAAUCUUGAUUCUCUAAUUUUUCUUACAUUUUACAGGGCUUUGAACUUGUUGCGAUUUUUAUGGAAAAUUGGUCAUAACAUUCUAGAUACUCCGUAGAGCACAUCACAACUCUAUAUUAUUGUAUUGGGAAAGUCAAGCUGAUUCGGAAGAUGCAUUAAAAUAUAGGGUGUUUAAUUUUUAAAGAAUGUAAAUUUGAUAUUGCACAGUAUUCUGGAACAGAUUGAAAAUUAUUUUAAAAAGUUGAGACUCUUGAUUGCUAUAAUCCCUUAAAUUUCCAAAUUGAUGUCUCAAAGGACAAAGAAGGUACUAAAAUUAAUCAAACUAAUCAAUCACCCUGUAUAACCAACUAAUACGAAUAUUUUCAAAUAUUACCAUUAUUUUUAAAUGCUUCAUGCAUUGUGGAACUGAGCUUUGCUUAAUAAUUUAAAUGGAAAAUAUUAAGCAUGAAAUUAUGAAAAAACAAUAUUUCAAGUUCAAUUGUUUAAUUUUAAAUAAACAUAUUGGAGUGAAAUUUCAUGAAGACAACAAAUGUUGCAUGAAAUAAUUGAUAAGUUUUCUGUAAGCUCCGGAGAAAUGGUUAUAUACUGGACUAAUAAUAAUCUUAAAAUUAAAUCAAGAUAACAACAGAAGGGGGACAGUAGAGACACUUCCCUCCUCAAACAUUAAAACUUUAAUCAUGAAUUUUUUCAAGUUUUCGUUUAUACCUAAUUUUAAUAAGAGAUAAAUAGGUCGUUAAACAUGGUAGUACGUAAAUGUAACAGUCUCUGACAUGGAUCCCUUUAAUUGUCUCUAGCACUUUAACGUAAUAGCUAUGUUGUUUGAAUUAUUAUUUUCUAAAUUCAUAAUAACACUAACUAGUCAGGCAUUCACUUAUUUUUCUUUUAGACGUAUUAAAAAUAAGCAAAAUAAACCCUGGUCCACUGAAGGUUUACGUAUAUCUGCAAAGAACAUGUGAUCCUUAUCUCACCUCGGAUAGUGUCUUUAAAAAUUACUUUAAACUAUACAGAAUAUCAUAAUAGCAAUAAAAACUACCAAGGAUAUUUAUCAGGAUAUUGUUCUGGAUUGUUCGACAGGAACUGUACUCAACCUCUUUUACAUGACAGCUUUCAGCAUCUGAUACUGAGAAUAUAUAGUUAAACGUAGAUAAAUGUAAUUUGAAAAAACCAAAAACACGCUUUCAAAACACAUCAAAAUAAAAAAUUGAAAAUAUUUUUAAAAAAUAAGCUUAAAACAAUAUGAACGGAAAAUAUUAUAUUUUUCACAAUAAUACUUGAAUUUUAGAGGAAAAUUAUUAACGUUUUUUAAAUUUUAUCUAUUGUUAAAAAUAAAUCUGUUCUUUAAACUCUAGUCAUUAGUAUACUAAUAUAGCGUUACUAACCUAAGUUUUCCGUAACCUUUAUAUACUCCCCAUUUAAGCUCUUUAAGGGGUUUAUACGAGUAACAGAAAUAUUACGGUUACUAUCAUAUAUACAUUUAAGUUAUUUAAUGAAUUUACCGCAACUGUUAUAUAACAAAAAAUGUUUAUUGGGAUUAUAAAUCUCUAACAGAGGGCAGACAAUUGUGAAAUUUGUUUCGAUAUAAGAAGAAAAUUCGCAGUGUUAGUUUCUAAAACAUAUUUGCCGAAAAAGAAACUUUUUUUCACAGAGUGAACAGGAUUUAACCUACGAUCGGCGAAUUCGAAAGUUGACGCGUAAUUCCGCUCGGCAGACGAACGAAAUUAAAGAGGUGGGAUAUACUAACAGUAAUAAUUUCUAAGGAGAAUUACAAACAAUCAAAAAAGCUCACAAACCUACAUACAGGUGAAGCUAAUAUAAGCGUCUUAAAAAUUUUCGUUAUUUCAGAUAGUUAUGGUAAGCAUGAAAAUAGAGUAAAAUUUAUUAUAUUAUUCUCAGUAUAAAUUCGCCAACGCAAAAAUAUUUUCCAGCUGUCAAGUUUCUCUCUUUCAAUAAAGAAGUAAUAAGAUGGUUAUUUAUGAUACCUGUUGAAACCUUUUUGAGAUAACUGCGUGUCUAUGUUCAAUCAAUGAAUUUUUAUUUAUAAGCGGGGAUAAUAAAAAGGGAUAUGUGAUGUGAAUGAUGAAUUAAUAGACAAAGAUCCGAUUAUAUGUAAAACUACAUAAUACAAGAAAGAAUGAAAUUCAACUACCUUGAAGUAGCAAGGAGAAUUUAACAGGGGAAACAUGAACUCAAGCAUUAAAAGAUCAAGGUUCAAUAAAUAUUUGAAAGAAAUAAUAUAGAAGAAAACUUUAUGAUGAGUACACAAAGAAAAUUGACAAGCUAUUAAACAUGCAUUUUCUAUUCUCACUUAUGCAACGGAAACAAGAUAUUAGAGAACUUAAAAACAGAAACCAAAUACACGGAGACCACUAGACAUAGCACCAAAAAUAUGGUAUGAAAGCUGGAGCUUAACGUCUAAAGAAGAACUUAUGAUGCUAAAUAUUCGGAGUUAAGCAGCACAUAUUCCUGUUGAAAGAAGAAGAAGUCCCAGUCCUUGAAAACCUGUGAAUAACUUUUUAAUAACAGCUUCCCAAGGGCUUAAAUGGUUUCAUCGCCAGAUAUUCAUUUCCUGUGUUUCUAUAAAUACCGAUUUUUUGCAAUACUUUAUAGAGGUAACGUUGAGUUUGUGCAUUUGUCUGAGCAUGAUUAAUUAUAUCGCUGUCUUUGAAUGCAGAAAUUAUCUUGUUGAUAGUUGGAAUUUGUAAAUUUAUCCAAUUUAAUUACGUUUUUUGCAGCCUACAAUUCUAUAAACAAAGGACUAGGACAGUCCUGUCAUACUUUUAUGCCUACUUGGUGCUUUCGCUUGUGAAAAUAUCUUUCUUUACACACUCUCUGUUUGUAUUGGAAUCCUAAUUGUUUAAGACCACAUUUCAAUGCAUUUUCAUCGUGCCUGCUUAGAUGUCCAUCUUUAUUGGAUAGGUCCUGAGAAAUAUUCACCACAAUCACAUUGUAAAAGUAAAAAUAUAAUUGUUUGUCCUAUUUUUGCAAUAUUUGAAAAAUACCUGAAAUGUGUAAUAAGAAAAAACACAAACAGAUAUAAAAAUUUCAAUAAAUCAUAAGAAAAUCUAUGUUUUAUAUGGCUAUAGAAUAGUUAACUAAUUUUUUGACAUUUUUAGUUUGUUAGAGUUUAAUUAUAUUUGUACUAUAAGUAUGGCAAUGGUGGUAAUAAGAAGACAUUGAGAGAUUGGGGAUUUUUAACUGCAGAUGUUUGCUAUAAUUGUUAUCAUUAUUAAUAAACAGAGUUUGUAGAGAAGAAAUCCGUCUCAUAAGAUUUAUACAAGAUGUAAAUUGAAAAAAAUAAUAAUAAAGACAAAACAUGACUUAUUACCUACUCAUUAAUAAUUUGUUAAAAUUAUUUGUUACAGCUUGUUUUCGGCAUUCAAUCGCUUUAAAGGUACAUUUUUGUAAGCACAAAUUAUAUGUUUAUACACAAUUUUAUCAUAUUUUUAAUAAUAUGUAAUAUUGAAUACUCAAUAAACGGCAAUUUGCUGCUAAAAUACGCUGUUUUACUAUCCUUAAAAACGUACAUUUUGGUAAUACGGUUAUCGA